AGAUAUUUCUUUAACAAAAUUAUUAGUUGAUUAUUUUUUACAUUUUGACCAGCAUAGAAGAAAACCAAAAAAAAAGUACCUGCACACAAUCAACUUAAAAUCGCUUCUAUGGUAUGAAGUUUCGCAAAUAUUUUAAUAAUUCAAGCCAAAAGCAACCUGUGAAAUGGCAGUUCAAUACGAAAAAUCGUCAAAUGAGAGGAGAACGAAAAGAAACGAAACGAAUAUUUCUGACUUUAGGAAUAAAAAAGUACCAAACUUUAUCAACACUUUAGCACAGUUUAUGGCUGUCCACGUUUAUAAUAUCAAAGCGUUUGUACAACUCAACACUGAAUGUAUAUUGGAAGUUUGGCUUAAAGAUCUACAUAUUGAUGGAAGUAUACUGAAGAACGCCAAGUCGCUAUUAGCUACCUUGAACGUAACCGAUGCCUUUAUGAGUGUACUUAAAAGUAAUUCUCUUAACCAACAUAAAACAAAAGUUGCCGCAUUUUCGUUCGGAAUUACAAUGGAAACUGUAUUGGUUGCACAGGGUCCGCUAUCUGUCGAAAAAUUGGAAAUCAAAAUGUCUCACAGCAAAGCCUCAAUUAAAAAUGGAUUUUAUCAGUUGCUACAUGGACCGGAUGAAAAAUAUAGAACAGUAAUAGAAUCUUUGCCAACUGCAAUUAAUUCGGAUCAAAGCUGGAGCCCGUAUUCUACAAGGACUUUUGAGAGUAAAAGUUUUGCUGAACUUCAACAAUACCUUCAACAAAAUCUGGAGCCCACUGAUCCAAAUCCAAAUAACGAUUUUUUGAAAUACAUUUUGCCAAUUGUUCCAAAGAAUUUCUCUCUGCAAAUAGAUGAUACUUCAUUUAAAGGAUAUAAUACAAGUGAGGACAUUGAAGGUACGGCUGCUUUAAAGUCACUAUCGAUGAAUUAUAGAUCUGUAUCCCCUGCUACAACAAACGGGAUGUUGUUUAAUUUUUAUUUGAACGAUUUCGCUUUGUAUAAUAACCACGAAAAAGUCGCCGAAUUGAAAAACGUCAGCAUAGAUGCAAAGUUUAAAAAUGACGUAUUGAAUAUUUACCUGCAACAAAACAGUUUGUUAAUAACAUACAAUCACUCCGUGAUCUUUAAUUGGAUAAAGCGCAAUUUAUGGAUGCCCCAAUCGAAACGCCAAGGAAACAAACAAACACAGCCAGGAAAAACUGAUUAUUUAAUACAAUACUACAUGUUGGAAGAACUGUUGAAAAACAUCUCCAUCAAUUUUUGCGCAGAACUUUCUAAUGUUGUUUUUGUGGUCAUAUUAAAGGCAGGUCUCUCAUCGUCCAUUGGAGUUAAUCGACUUCGUCUGAUGCUAGAUCAAGUUCAGGAACGCAAAAGUACUAAGUAUGAUUCCCUCCUAGCUAAUGUACUUCUUGGUGAUAGACACUGGCAAUCUGAGCUCCUCAUUGAGUCUCUGUGUUGGUCUUUUAAAGAGUGGAAUUAUAGCAGUAAUAUAUCAAAGGUCAUGCAUCUAUGGGACACUCCAGUAUAUGUAGGAAUGAGCCUGAUCAAGUUUUGUACGUCUGAAAACAAAGAAUUCAAGCUGUAUGCUAUGUUAGACACUGUACAAUUAGAAUGGUCUGCAAAACUGGCUGAUUACAUAUUACUAGCAUUGAAUUUUAUUAGGAGUUAUGAGAUUCAAUUUAAAACUAUUUUAAAUUCGCAACCAUCAAAACCCCAAAGCAAGUCUAAAAUAAUCACAAGUGUUGUUAUUUAUCAUUUCGAUUGCUUUUUCCAGUCUCAACAUAAUGAGAAUUCUUCAGAAUAUUUUGUGUCACGAUUGGAUACGGUUAAUCUGGAUAAUCAAGGCAAUCUAUGGACUUUCAAGCUUGAUGAGUUGAAGAUAUUUACCUUGUUCAACACAGGAGGUUAUUAUACUUGUAUCCGAACUGAGGAUAUUAUAAAACACAAAGUUUAUGUAAAAAAUGCAGAACUAGAAUUUUCAAAAACUGACGACAGUCUAGAAUAUAACAUAUCGUUAAGUGAAAAUAAUAGAGUUUAUUGGUCUACUAAUUUUCAUUUAAAAUGUUUACUUCUCUACAGAGACUUGCAAGAAUUUAUUAAACAAAUUACGGAAUCCUCGGACAAAUUAAAGAAAAAACCAGUGAUAGUGGAUUAUUCUACAUUGCCUGCCAAAGUAAUAAAUUUCACAAUUUGUAGGAAAUUUGAACUUCAUAUUGAUAUUAGUAAGGACCAUAACAUGAAAAUUGUUUUGGAUGAAUUAUUAUUUUCAAAUAGCUCUCACGCUUCCCAGGAGCGCAAAAAAACCAAUCAUAUCUUAAAGACACUUACCGUAGCGAUUGAUGGCGCAGAUAUUUUCGAACUAAAAGGAAUUUUAAUGAAGCGCUUAUUUAAAGACCAAUUGCAAGCGCAAAAGUUUCUUUUCGAUAAAAAGAUGGCUGGACUAUCAGAAGGAUUCAACGAUUGUAGUUAUUUACUGGAAAUUGAUGCUUUUAAGGCUGUAUUUCCUCAUGAACAUAAUUAUGCUGAAGCUGUACAGAAUCAAUUUUUAUCGAUUGUUAAAUGGUUAAAAAUUAUACAUAAAGAUACUUUACGUACCAAAACAUGUCCGCCAGACUGGUUUGUAAAAGUAAAAGACUUUCUUUUUGAAAUGAGUGAUGAUCCAUUUGAAAUCAAAUUACGAGAUAAUUUUGAAUUACUGGAAGACGAGUUUAGUGAGAGCCUAAAGAGGCAAAAAGUAUUGAAAGAGAAAAUUGCAGAACUGUUAAAGACGCAUCUACACAUGCCAGCGGGAAAAGUGGAAGAACUAUAUGCAACUUUGAAAAAAAGAAAUGCGGAUAUUUACAUUCAAAGAUCAAAAUUGAUGUAUCAAGCAGCCCCUCAACGGACCAGAUUGUUUGCUUGGAACAUGACCAAUAUUGAAUGCUCGGUAAUGAUGGAAAAUUAUGAUGUAGUCCAUAUUUCUGAAUACUUAUUACUCAUAAACUUGAUGAUAAGCUUAGACAAAGAUAGUCCAUUGCCAGACGUAGAUCUGGAAUUUUCAACAUCCUUCUGCAGAGACAUCAUUCUGGGUUGUGAAGAAUGGAAAUUUCAGUUAAGAGACUUUCCGCAGCCAUUGCUAGAGAUCAAGAAAAUUUAUUUAUUUGGAAAACUCGGUGUGGCGGAACAAGUAGCUCCCAAAAGAGCCACAAGGACUGUGAUGGUAGAUUUGGGCGAUUCCUUUGAACCGUUCGAAGUGGAAAGAGGAAUGCAACCGCUAAAGUUUUAUUACGAUUUAAACUGCGAAAUCGAAUCCUUUAGCUACGCAUUUGGGCCUUGUUGGGAGCCGGUUAUCGCGCAGUGUAAUUUAAGUUUCAACCAAAUCAGUGCCCCCUCAAGAGACCCUUCGCCUCCUCUGCCUUUCUGGGACAAAAUGAGGCUUCUCAUGCACGGAAGGCUAACUAUGCUAGUUCAAAAAAUGCAGGUGCUUCUUCAUGCUUCUUUGGAUCCGUACAAUACCACUGAAGAAAUGGCUUUGACAUGGGAAAAAGUAAUUAUGGACUGGACCAAUGCUAAGAUUGUGUUUAAAGGCGACCUUAACAUUUUCGUACGUACUGCCUCGAAAUACGACGACGUCCAAUUGCUUAAGCUACCAAAUUUGAAUCUUAUUCUCGGUUUUCAUUGGGUUUGCUUGGCCGAUCCUAACGACCAUCACAACGUUAUUUAUUGUGCCCCGGAUAAAAUUCCUGAAUAUUCGAGCAACCAGGUUCAUGACUCAUUUAGAGCGUUUCGCUCCCAGAGCCUCAAUAUGAGCAUUGUUUUGGAAACCGUUCCCGGUUCCGAUCAAUUUAACAAUUGCCCGAUUCUUUUACUUUAUGGAAGCACUUUACGAUGGAUUGAAAGUUUGAAACUUAUAUUGUCAGGAGUGACCAGACCAACAAGGAGGGGCAAGAUUUUUGGAAAUUUGAAACCGAAGAAAACACAGUUGAGUCGCCAUUACAAAAAAAUAAACCUUCUGAUUGGUUUACAUAAAUUUCAAGUUUGCUACUGGAUGUCAUUUGCCAUGCAUCGUGGGUGCGAAAUGUUUGGUGGAAGAUUAGCAUCUAGUUCCGAGCAUUCUCUUACGUUAGUUACCACUGAUGACGGUCUAACACAUAGAGCUAAAGCCGAAUGGUCCAUAGUGUACAUGAACUCAGAACUCGCUGAUUCGGAAAUUUGGCUUAAAAGCGCGCUGCAAGAUGAAUCUGAGUUCGAAACUUCACGAUUACAACCUAUUGAGAAAACGUAUUGCCUCUCAGUUGCAAAAGUAUCUUAUGGUAGAGAAGCUGUUUUGCCGAAUCAGUCGAUCGCAGAUCGCAUUAAAGAUACUCCCACUCAUCGAUUGGUGGUUUAUGACUUGAGAGGAGCCUGGACGAAAAGCAAUAGAAACGUUGCCUUGGCUUUAUUUGAUACGUUUAUGAAAACAACGCGAAUGAAGAAAAACUUAUCUACAGAAGCUUUAAAGGGUUUCAGGAAAGAUACAAAUACAACGCCGAUGAAAAAACGCGGUGCUGAUCCCACCAGUACACCACCAAAUAACGCAGUUCAAAGUAUUCAAGCGGCUUCUGCAGUCCAGGAUACUCCCUCACCUAUCAGUAAACUACAAUCGGGACAUGCAGCAAACAUGCUACAGCAAUUGAUUGCGGAAGUAGACAAUAAUUCUAUAGUAUACAGUGAUGAUUUAUCAGCUGUAUCAAGGCAGCAACACUUACAAGGAGUCCAAGCUUGCCAAGGGGACGAUGUUAUUCACAAAAAUUGGCAAAUUUCCCUUGUGAAUGCUCAAGUUCUACUCAAAGGCUGUGAAACUAAUGGAUAUAUAAUUCUGAGUGCGGCUAAAGCGGAAAUUUUGCAAAGAGCCCAUAGGCCGGCUUGGAAGGAUAGAACUCUCGUAUCAAAAACCACUUGGACGGGACUCUUGGAAUGCAUGCAGUAUUAUGCUACAGUGAACGCCGGAGAAAAUGACCCAAAUGAAAAUAUCAUGUGGCUGACUGUGGAUAAUAUCCAGGAAAAAGAGUCGGCAGAAAUAUCGGAACCAUCAGAGGUUCCCAACAUGGUAGGCAGUGGCGUUUCAGUGGGAGCAGUAGUUAGUGAUACUGUAGGGCCCAGCACAUCUAGACAAUUGCAAAGAAUUGUUUCCAGAUGUAAGUGCGAAUUUUAUUAUGCGAGCUAUGGAGAUAUAAGUGUCGAUCCCGAAGGAAUAGGUGAAAUUCCAUCACCACCACAGGAGGAUGUAAGCCUUUGGGAUAGUAGAGAAUCUGGAGUAGAUGCUUUUACGCUGAUGCAUUAUGAUUUAGAUGUUUGCACUAAUUCACUACAGUAUGGAAUGCUUCUUGAUAUAAUCAACAACCUUCUGUUAUACGUUGAACCGCACCGAAAAGAGGCUUUAGAAAAACUAGCCAGAAUGCGUUUCCAGUUGCAAUUGCACAGCGUGGAAGAUCAGCGAAGACCCAUUCAAGAGAAGCAGACAAUUGUGCGAAAUACUAUAAACAAGCUGAGACGUUUAGAGAAAGAUACUUACAUGUUAAAUAAAGCUUUAGAUGACGAUCCGGAUGAUAAGGACUUAAGAGUAGAACUUGAGAGAUUGGAAAGAUUGAUGCACGACUGUAAAAUGAAUUUGAAUGCACAAAGUGAAGAACUAGAUAUGAUGAUUUCAUGUUACAAAGAAACCCAACUGUUGGCAAAUUCCAGAAUGGCAACAACUAGAAGUGAUAAACCGUUAACGAUAGUGAGAGCGAACGAAAUCUGUUUCAAACACGCCCAAUGGAGGCUUACUGAAGCAGAUGGCCAAAUUGGUAUUGCUGAUUUGGUAUUAAGUAACUUUUUGUAUACAAAGAACUCAAAGUCUGAUGAUUCAGUAGAACAUUUACUGGAAUUAGGGUAUCUCAGGAUGACUAAUUUAUUACCCAAUGAAAUUUAUAAGGAAAUUCUUUGCCCAACAGAAAUUCAAUUUGAUAUGCCCAUUGAGCAUAAAAAGGUGUUGAGAAUAUUUUGCAGAGAAAAACCACCUGUAGGUGGUAUAUCCGUUAAAGAGCAUUUCGAAAUCAACUUAGUACCCUUGACUAUUGGUUUAACGAAGAAGUUUUACAACACCAUGAUGAAGUUUUGCUUCCCUGAAAGGGAUACUGAGGUUUUGGAUUACAACGAUAGAGCCAGUGAAGACGGCGAUUCUGAACUUCAGAAAUCCAAAAAAGGAAAAUCUAAGAAAAGCCGAGAUUCAAACUUCUAUGUUCAUAUUGAUGAUGUAGAAAAAAUGAAGGAAAGAGCAGAGAAAAAUAAAUUGUUUGUGUUUACAAAAAUACCCGAAGUGCCUGUUAAAGUCAGUUACAAAGGAAACAAGGAAAAGAACUUAGAGGAUCUUAGAGAUGUGUCUAUUGUUAUCCCCACUUUAGAAUAUCACAACAUGACUUGGACUUGGCUGGACUUGCUGAUUGCGAUUCGAAAUGAUACCAAGAAAGUUAUCUUAUCUCAGGCCAUUAAACAAAAAUUGCAAAUCAAAAGAAACACCGGCACUUCCGAAGACAGUUCUGCGCCCCAAGAAGAAGAUAAAGCGAAAAUGUUGCUUGGUUCUAGACACGGUAAAUCAAGGAAUUUUGGGGAAAAGGCACCAGAGAAUAAAAGUAUACGAAAAGGACUCUCGGAAGUUUUUAAACUGUGACAAUAAUCCAGGCGUUCCUAGGUUUACAUCUGAUGAAUUUAAGAUAUAUUUUCAUAUUUCUUUAUUGCUAACUGUGUUGUAAACGCGUAAGUCUUAUUCUUAUUGUUCUCUUAAGCAUAACUUUUGUUUUUCAAGUCACUUAAAAAUGCUCUCACUUUCAUCAGCUUGUGUGAUAUUUUUUCCGGUUCAAUUUUAUGAAUUUUUCUAGUUUUGUUAUAGCUUUUAUUGUCCGUCAUUUAUGACUAAUGGUUUAUACGUUUUAUAAUAUAUAAGUUUUAUAAUUAUAAU